GUUCAUCGUCCUAAGCACUUGAAUUUCCAGCCAACGGGUUUAGCUCCAGAACUUUGCAUCAUCUGCUGUAGCCUAGGUGACUGUGUGGUUUCAUCAUCUUAAGACGCACACGGGGAAAUUCUAUUUCAGAUUAUGGAGUUCUAAGUGGGAAUCCAGUAACCCACUUUUAGCACUAGAACUUCGAAAAAUUCAGGGGAUUGUGUUUUUUCCGGAACGCACUUUUGUAAACUCAUCUAGCACCAAUGAAGGAGGAAUCAGGCGCUUUCCGAGAAAGAGUUCUCAAUUUAUUCAAAUCAUCAAAAGGGGCUCUUACUCAAAAGCAUUUUGAAAAGGAAUUUUCGGAUGUUUCCCUCACCACCAUACUACCCAUCUUGAAUGCUUUGCAAAAGGAAGGCAUGCUGGAUGUUCUGGUUAACGCAGAUCGGACCUUAUCAUGGCAACUUAGGGAUCAAAUGUCAGCUGAAAAAUUGAAAAGUCUCUCAGAUUUGGAAGAGCGUUUGGUUUAUAAUUCCAUACGUAAUGCCGGUGAAGAUGCUGCGUCAGUAAAACUAAUUAGUUCGGAAACUAAGUUACCUCAGAACCGUAUUCCCAGAAUAUUGAAGUCAUUGAUUUCUAAAAAAAUGAUCAAAGAAUUGCCAAUGGCUGUUGGUCACAAACAGAAAGUGUACCUGCUUAUGGAGUUAGAACCUAGUGAAAAGUUAGCAGCAAACACACUGUUCGCUGGAGAAUCUGGUGUAGACGCCGAGUUCAUUUCUAUUUUGAGAACAGCAUGUUUAAAGUAUCUUCAAGAUAAGGCUAUUUCUUCUUCUCAUAUUGCUGAUCCACUAGAGCGUAGACUCGCUUCAUAUGUAUCAUGCGAAGAAAUUCAUCGAUUUAUAACUAACACAAAGAUUUGCACAGUUGCUAUGAGUGUUCACGAUGUUCAGUGCGUAUUGGAAGCUUUAAAGUUUGGUGGUGAAUUGGAGACACGUCUCAGUUCCGACAAUUCUGAUCAAAGUACUAGUUCGGGAAUACUUUAUCGACUUGCUACUCAAACACCUUGUGCUGCAAACUUGGCACAUAUUCCUUGUACACUAUGCCUAUGCCGAAAGGAUUGUCGUCCUGAUGGACCGAUUAACCCUCAAUCGUGCAAACUUUUCCAAGCAUUUCUUGAGUUUUAAUAAGCAAAGGGGGAUACCUAGCAACCGUAUAAUUUUCUAUAACAUUGUACAUUUUCUUUAAGUUUUCUUAUUUGAGUCUUUCAUGUAUGCUGUCAUCAUUCUAAUUUUUUAACAUCAUCAUGCAUUUUUGUAUGUCGUAUUUUUUAUCGCGAUAAUAAAUAAACAUUGUUGAGAAAUUCUGAAAAUGUAUUUAUUUAUUUAUUGAUCUUCAAAACGCAUCAC